CUUGGGAAACGAGUGGGAAUUACGCUUUGAAGGUUAACCACUGUGCAAAUCAUUCGCAAUGCCAGAAUCAACAGUUGGAGAUAAUUGUGUCAUUAAAGACUUACCAUCUCUGGAACAGUAUUAUCAUGGCUACAUUGAUCGAGCUGAGGCGGAAAAGCGUUUGCAAAGUUUUGGGAUAGCGAACAGUUAUCUUCUUCGUCUCAGUCGUGCAGCACACGGCGGUGAUACGUGGGAGGAUAUUUACGUUCUCUCAUACCUCUCUUCAACCUUUGCUUGUUUUCAUUUCAGACUUAUUCCUCGUUUUAACUGUUUUCAAAUUGGUGGGAGAUUCUUCGAUAGCUUAGAUGGAUGUUUGUCAAGGUAUUACACUCGUGACAUAAUGACAGGAGAGCGACUUAAGCAUCCCAUCCCACCUACUAGCCUCCCAAUUGAAUAUCAUACUCAACGUUUACGGGCUGUACAAGAUUUUGAACCAGAAAAUGGAUACGAUCGUCUGGGAUGUGUCGUUAAUGAUCGUUUCUUACUAAUCUAUGAAGAUCCAAAUUCCGAUUGGGUCCUUGCUACUUCUUUGAAAUCUCGUCACUCAGGUUAUUUACCGAAAUCAUGUGUUGAGAAAGAAUAUCCAGAGAUUAUUGAACGUCUAGACUUCUUCCACCCUGAUCCGACACCUCAUCCUAAAGAGUUACUAAAGAAAGCUGGUCCAUUUAGCUAUUUAUUACGCCCUUGUGAUUCACGUCCUGGCCUAUAUACAUUACUCUUAUACGAUGGAGUACGUGUUCGUAAAUGUCGACUUGAAUUAAUUGUUCAAUCAGAGCUUAUACCACAAGAUGAUGUUACACCGACCAAAAAAACCAAUCAUGAUAGUAAUUUUGAUCAUAGGAAUAGUGAACUGUUAGAUGAACAUACAAAUGAAUUCAAUAAUGAAUCAUUAUCAUGUAGUAGUAAUAAUGAAGAUGAUAAAUCAGAUGAAUUUCAUAGAAAAUCUAAUAACAUAUUUUUAACCAAUAAAAAUUUAGAAGAUAAUCAUAGUACAAAUGAAAUUAUAAAUUUUAAUAGAAAUUUUCAAUCUCCUCUUUAUCGUACAACUACUAAAAUACUGUAUAGUGGUACAACUUUUCCUAAUGUUGAAGCUGUAAUCACAGCUAUUGAAUCACAUCAUUGGGAUCUUUAUCAUACUGAAGAAUUGAACACUUUAAAUAUUUCCGAUGAUGGAUAUAAUUGUCCAAUUAAUGAUGAGGUUAAUGUAAAUGCAACAAAUGAUAUUUCAUCAGUAGAUACUUCAAAUAUUAAUACAACAGUUCAACAUGUAUUUAAACCUCUCUACAGGAAGCGUAAACCUCAAGUACAUCCUCCCUCGUCUACUAUUUAUAUGGAUAUGUGUUAUGCACGUCAACCACCAACAUCUCAUCAAUCGGUAACUGAAAUUCAUGGGGAAUUGUCUAUUUGGUUACAACAAAGAAAGAAAUGGAAAUUAUGUUAUGCACAUUUAGAUAGAAAACAAAGUAUACUAACAUUGGUUGAUGGAGAAAAACGUAAACCUGAACGAUUUGAUCUUUCUAAAUGUGAUUUCUUUCCUAUCCAUUAUACAGUAUAUGAAAAGAAUUUUUGCUUUGGUUUAGUUUUAUAUGGUGCUUCAGCGGGAGAUCGAGAAGAAUUUGUUUUACGUGUAGAAGCUCCAUGUUCAUCAAAUAAAUUUAAUUCAAGUGCUAUUAGUUCAACAAUAUCUAGUCGAAUUAAUUUAUUCAGUAAUUAUGAUUUAGAUAUUAAUUCGUAUUCCGGUCGUCCUGAAGAACCACCAUACACACUUCAAAACUUAUCACACUCAUGCUGUCGUUUUGCAUGUGACUGGGCUGUUCGUUCAAAUGUAACCUCUGUAGAUAAUAAAUCUUUGUUGUCAUCAUCCACUAAUCCGAACGUGACCAAUUUAUCAGACAAUAAUAAUAAUUGUCUUGUUAAUUGUGAUUUGCCACCGGCCACUUGGGAGAUUGUAUACCAAAGAUGGGUGACGAGUUUGAAACGACAUUGUCGUAAUACAAAAGCCGAUUCAGCAACUGAAGACAAUGUAUCACUUAGGCAAACGAACUUAAGAUGUUAUCGCAACCUUGAGAUCAAGUUCAAUAAUGCCAAAUUAAUGCCAACGUCAUCAUCGAAAUCUCGCCGAGAUGAUUCAAUUUACUCCGUAAAUUUAGAUGGAUUUGAAAUUGGACGUGCCUACUCCGGGUCUUCUGUCGUUUCUAUUUUUUUAGAUGAAUUUCCGUUUGGUUUCAAAAAGAUUGAAGUUUUUAUGAAGGAAGAUAAACGUAAACGUUCACUCGCGAUCGAUUUUGAUAUAGUCCAAUACAAUGCUACUACAAAUUCCAGUGGUUCUACGAUUGCAGAUCUUGAUAAACAAGUUUCUGCUAGUAAUUCAUCAUCGGCAUCUCUCUCAUUAUCGCCAACAUCUCCUCUCCAUUAUUCAAUAUGUGAUACGCAAGAACGUAGCAAUGGUCAAAUAUCUAUUAUUUAUAAAGAAUUACACGUAAUUCCUUUUCAAUAUUAUGAAGGUUUUCGUCAGACAAUAAGAAACCAUAUGAAUUCUGAAUUUAUACCUCUUUGUAUUCAUGUUUGGAAAUCAUUCGCACACAAUAUGAACCAAAUGAAUUUUGUUACCAGUCUAUUAUUAACAACAAUCGAAUUGAAUUGUCAUUUAGAGUUGAUUGUCAAUUUAUUACGAAUUGAAGUAAAUAAUGAUAAGCCAAGUGCUUCUUUUCGGGGCAGUUCAUUGGGAGCACAAAUACUAGAUAUCUAUAGUACUACUGUGUGUUCAGCUUGGCGUAGUCAGUGUUUUCGGCGUGUAUGUGAAAAAGCUUUGGAAGGUCCACCGUCAAUAAAAUCUAAUCAUUCAACUACAUCUUCAAACCCAUCUCUUAAUGUAAGUCAAAGUAAUAGUGCUAGCAAUAUAAAAUCAACAUUCAAUCAACGUCCUUCUGUUGAUAAAAGUUCUCAUCAUUGUACCAAUUCUAUCAAUUCACAUUAUUCACUUACAACACGUCCAUAUUCAUUAUCAACUGGUGCCACUGGUUCAGUGAAAUUCGACCAAAUCUCAUCUACUACACCUAAUCAAAGUUCUCUUCAACAUCAUCAUACACGUGAACAAGAGUGGCAUCACCAUUUACUCUCCAUUGCUGUGGAUGACUUGAUUACGUAUGUACGCACAUUUCCUUUACAAAUUCGUUGGAUCUAUUCAGAAUUACAGGCAUUAUAUUCACCUAAUCAUAGUAAUGUUGUUGUGUGUAAUCUAGUUUUUCUACGUGGUCUUUGUCCAGUGUUAUAUUCGCUUUCAUCUUUGGGUAAAACAAUUUGUUCAGAAUCGCUCAAUGGAUCUAUUCACGGUAUUUUAUCUGGUUUUCCUAAUGAUGUUUUCCAUCCAUCAUAUACAAAUUCAAUUACUAAUUCUUAUCAUUCAUGGUCUUCUUUUCCUCAAUUGAAUCCUGGUGCGAAUUCACCAACUGUUCCAUCACAUGCAUCUGAAGCAUUUGCUUUAAUAGCUAAAACAUUAUUAGCUCUUGUCGGUUUAAAUGAAACACCGAAAACACAAGCUGAUGGUUUUUUAUCAUUGGAACAAUUUAUGAGUUUACGAACAAGAUUAUUAAAUGAAUUUCGUAUACCUAUUACUUCUCCAUUGUCAACAAAUGAAAUGAAACAAUUAGAACAGUUAUAUGAAACAGAUGCACGUAAAGCCAGUUGUAAAUCACUUAGUCGUGAAUUAGCUCAAUUAGCAUAUUAUUUAUUAGAAGCAUAUCAUCCGAAACAUCAAUCAACUACAAUUUGUCGAACAAAUAAUAAUUCCAUUAAUCACUUAAAUGAUACUACUACUACUUAUAAUAAUAAUAGUAGUAAUAAUAAUGAUAUAACCACUUCUACAAUCAAUAACAAUUCUACACCGAUAAAAAAUCAUAAUCAUGAUAAUAAAAUUACAGAUAUUUAUCCUAUUUCAUUAUCAUCGCAUAUUUAUUCAGUUCUAAUUGAUUUAGCUGAGAAAACACAUCAAUUUGUAUUGGCUAAUCGAUUAACUUAAAAUGAUCAUUAUUAUUAUUAUUAUUAUUAUUUCUGUUUUGUGGUUAUUCUCUUUAUUUUUUUUUUCUUAAAAAGAAUUUCUACUUUGAAUUAUUAUUCUAUAAUUUACAAUUAUAAUCCAAUAACAACAAAUAAUGAUUUAAAGGUAUCGUUUCUUUCUUUUUUUUUUAAAUUUUAUUUGUAUAUUCCAUUCAACAUAUAUAUGAUGAUGUGUUGAUCAUGUAUGUAUCUAAGAUAUUUUUUUUGACUUUUGGUUACUAAGUCGACCAACUGUUGACAAUUAAUCAUUUAAUUAUUGUAAUCUGUAUAAUAAUAUACAUUAACAAUCUAUUUAGUGAAUGAAUUAUUUCACUUUAGUUGAUGGUAUUAUUAUAGAAAUGUAUUAAGCAUUUGAUUAUUAUUUCUUUAGUUUACAAAGUCUUAACCCCUCAUCCUAUACUUUAUUGUAUAAUAAUAAUAAUAAUCAGUUUCAUUCAUAUUUUCGUAUAUUUAUAUAUACACUUGAAUUUGUACAUUCAGUUAGUCUAUUAUGUUCUUCAACAAUUUGUUCUCUAUACUUUAAUUGAAAGUAUUUUUUGUUAUGUUAUGUAUAUACAUACUUGUAUUAUCUAGUUUGUUUUGUUUGUUUUUUUUUCGCCGUUGUGUAUGUUUAUGUUUUUUGAUGGUUCCUUUUCUCUCCUUUUUUGGUUUUCAUCAUAUUCAACUACUCUUUAGUUUCUUCUCUUUUUUUUUACCUGUUUUCUUAUUGUUUUAAAUGUCUAUUGUUAUUAUCGUUUGUAUUAUUUAUUACUCUUUAAUAAGUUGGUCUUUAUUCAUAAAAUACUAUGUUAAUCUACUGCUUUUUAUAAGUUUACUUGAGUGAAUUCACUUUUUCUCUCUCUUUCAAUCAAUAUAUGAAUGUAAUGUGUACAUAAUUGUAUGUAUGUGUGUAGUGAUUUGAUUAUCAUAUUAUUCUUUUUCAUGAUCAUAUCAAUUCAUUGAUCAUUCAUAUUAACUAACACAAAUGUAACAUUUCCAGACUACUUAAUCUAUUGUGCUAUACAGUUUAGUUUGAUUAAUUAUAAUAGUUGUAGUAAUCUGAUCUGUUACUAUUUUACUGAUGAAUAUGAAUACUGUUUAAUUCUCAGUUUUAUCUUCUUCUUUUUUGUCACUUCGACCUGUAAAAUUUUCUUGAUAUAUGCAUAUAUCUGUAUUUUGUUUGCUUUAGUAAUUUCCCAUUUCUUGUGAGCUUAUAGAGAACUGUCAUCAGAAUUGAUUACUUCAAGUGGUGUUCGUCAGAGCUGUCC